UGUGCUCUAUCAGCCCGCGCAGGCGCAGUGGCUCCUCUGUGCGCUCUACUGUUUGCAUUGUGUCUGAACUGCCGGCGAGCUUUAAAAAUAUUAUAACCACCGCGGCAAUGUCGGGCAGGUCGGUCCGAGCUGAGACCCGGAGCAGGGCGAAGGAUGACAUCAAGAGGGUUAUGGCCGCUAUUGAGAAAGUACGAAAAUGGGAGAAGAAAUGGGUGACUGUUGGAGACACGUCCCUUCGCAUCUACAAGUGGGUGCCAGUGACGGAGCCCAAAUCAGAUGAUAAGAACAAGAAUAAAAAGAAGGGAAAAGACGAGAAAUACGGCUCAGAGGUGACGACUCCAGAGAACAGCUCCUCUCCAGGCAUGAUGGACAUGCAUGACGACAACAGCAACCAGAGCUCGAUCGCUGACUCAUCCCCAGUGAAACAGGAAAACAGUUGUAGCACCAGCCCCGCCCCGGAGCCCACCGCCUUGUCUCACCGCGAGAACAGCGAGACCAAGACUGACCAGAGCCCGGACAGCAAGAGGGGUAAGACCAUCCCGUCAUCAGAGACCUCAGAGAGAGCACAAAGUGCCAAGAGAGACAGCCUGUCCUCAGGGGAGAAGGACUCUUCAGACAGCAAAGCCACUCAGGACCUAGAGGAGGAGACCCCACCCAGCAAGAAAAGCAAACUGGAGUCCUCGUCUCAGGACUUUGAGGAGAGUUAAAUGUUUGGGGCUGAGUCAUUUCUCUCCUUCACCCUCCUCCCCUGCUCCCUCCCUCCCUCCCUCUGUACUCCCUCCAUUAACUCUAGAUAAUUUAGGGCUAAUGGACUCACUGGUUCUCCUUCUCUCCCCACCUCUACCCAAACUCGUCAAUACCAAAGGGAGAAUGGACGUCUCUCUUCCUCCCUCCCCUCCCCUCUCCCCCCACCACCACCUCCAAUUUGCCACCUUUGCCCUAACACUCCUCUGCCACAGAGGGAGAAUGGAUAUUACCUCUAUUCACUGGUCCCCCUCCGUGCUUCCUUCCAGUUCUCCACACUUUUUCACUAAUGCCAAGAGAAGCUCUGAACCCAGGCUGCAAUCCCCUCUGUGACCAGGGGCAGCGCUGUCAGCCCAGCCCAGCCCAGCCACCGCCAGGCCAGACCACAAAACCCUGACCUGCAUCUGUGACUAAAAGAGUUAACACUGGGGAUCUGAGAUUAGGACGAGGUUGAUCCCGGACGCUGCUCUGAGACCGCUUUUUAAACGUUUCACUGCUAAUGGUUUAGCUCAGGAUAACUCAAGAGGCUAACCUGGUCUCAGAUCAGCGGCUGGGUGGGGAACCUCCGCCCUAAAGACCACGUCACUUCAAUCCUCCCGAUUCGCCUCCUGUUAGACUAAUGUUCUAUAUUUGUUUAGGAAAUGUUUAGGGUUUUUUUCUCAGGAGGGUCAAUGCACUGUUAUGGUAUGUCACAAUCGAUCACAGAUAGAUUUGCUGCUGUAGUGGAUGUCUUUUUUCUCUAUCCAUGAAAAGUUCUCCAUUCACGUGUUUUUUAAAGUGAGUUAGUUUGUGGUUCGUAGAGGAAGAAUAAGAAGACGACGGUACUGGUCAAGAUAUAAACUCUUGGAUAAGUAGUGAAGACAGGCAUAGGUAGCGUAGGUCCUGAAGGUGUGCCUUGAGUUGCUACGAUUAAAUACAUGUUUUAGGUCAAACAGGUUUUGAAUUACAAUUUUGGUGCCAUGUUUUGUUUUUUUGUUUUUUUGUUUUUUGCCUUAUAAUCAUCACUAAUUAGUUUUAUCCAAUAUUUACAUUCAACUACAACAGUUUGAUUUUAUUUAAAGGAAUAGUUUGGCAUUUUGGGGAAAUGUUUGCUCUGUUGCUCAGAGCAAAACAAGACUUUUUGUUAAAUACAAAGCUACAGCUGAAGAUGGUCCGCUUAGCUUAGCAGAGAGACUAGAAACGGGGGAGAACAGUUAAAAAGAAAAAGAAACUCGGCUUACCAGUACCUCUAAAGCUCCAUCAACAUGUAGGCAGUAAACAAUGAAGUCGAACAGUUACAAACUGUGGUUUUAUACGUGGUGACUUCCUGGAGGAAAAUGUACAUUUUUGUAUGAUUAAAAAAAAAACAAAAUAUAGUGUGUUAAUUAGUGAACUUUAGAGGUGUUAGUUGGUGGAUUUUUGUAAACUUUGAACAGAGCCAAGCUAGCUGUUUUCCCCUGCUUCCAGUCUUAAUGCUGAGCCAAGCUUGUUUUUUUUCCGUACAGAAGUGAGUGGUAUGAAUCCUGUUUCAAUCAUAUUCCCCAAAAUGUCCAAACUAUUUCUUUAAAAAGGUUAGAGACUGGAAUUUGAACACUACCCAGAAGUUAAAUUCAUUUUGUCUUCUGGACAUUUGAACAUCUGCAAACCUCAUAAGUCAGAAUUCCUGGUCACUGGUCUGUGUUUACUUCAGGCGGCACUUUUCUUGUUGUUGUUGUUGUCCCCCCCCCUCUAAAGUAGAAACAGACCAGCUGCUGAUACUGGUUUUCCCGUCUACUCCACCAUCAUGACUUGCAUUUCCUCACUUCUCAUCUCUGUGCGUGUUCUGUGUAUCACUACUUAUCUAUGACCGACAAAUGUUUCUGUAGCUCACCACAGAAGGGUCCAGUCUUUUAGCUCAAACAUUGGUUCUAAUCCUCCUUCAAGGUGCUGUCUGUUGGCUGAAUCCAUACAUGUGUGGCAUCGAGCUCUCGGUUUUGUGCAGAUUUGUGCAAUUUACUUGAACUUUAUAGUACGGAUUCAGACCUAUGACCUCUAAUGUACAACCUCACACAUGUACUUUGAUUAAUCAAUAUUUACUUGUGAAUAUGGAUUGAAAUCAAUUGAAUCACUGCAAACCAAUGACUUCAUAACAUAACAGGGGCUAUAGAAGUAUUUCAUGACACAGAAUUACUUGAUCAGAUUUCAGCAAAUCAGCAUUCACAUGGAUGGAGAGAAAAGAAAUAAAAAAUGACAAUUGUCUCAGUUUAGAGGAUGGAUUAGCAUAUACCUCAUUCCCAGUCCAGCAGCGCUGGAACUUAAAAUGCUAUUGUAUUGACAUUAACAGUUAUAAACAGCAUUAUGUACACUCAGUUUAAGAAAAAAAAUCUCACUUAUGUUGUAGCUUUCACCUGAUCGAGCCGAUUGCUUAUAGUUUGCUCAUAACUGUGCGUCAGAAAAAAAGAAAAAAAAAGCUGUGAGAUAUAAAAUCUUGUAUGUUGUUUUUUUUUUUUUUGUUUUAUUUUGGAUUUUUUUUUUCUUGGGACCAUUUUGUUUCACUUUAGAUCUUGUACAGAUUUAUGGUUUGGUUUGACUUAUUUAUUCCAUCAGUAGUCUUGGUUUUUAUCAUGUCCAAUGGUUUUGUUUUCUUAAUAAAAUUCACAAAAGUU